AUGGCCUUGGUCUACCAACCACUGAUGCAAUUAAGUGGCAUCCUGUUCUCUCUGUUGGGAUGGGUCCUGUCCUGUCUCACCACCUAUUUACCCCAGUGGAAAAAUCUUAACUUGGAACUGAAUGAACUGGAGAUCUGGACCAUGGGACUCUGGCAAGCUUGUGUUGUCCAGGAGGAAGGGGGAAUGCAAUGCAAGGACUUCGAUUCUUUCCUAGCUUUGCCUCCAGAGCUCAGGAUUUCUAGGAUUUUGAUGUUUUUUUCCAAUGGAUCGGGGCUUUUGGGCCUCUUGCUUUCGGGAUUUGGGUUGGACUGUUUGAAAAUUGGUGAAAGACAACAGGAACUAAAGAAACGGCUGUUGCUGCUUGGAGGAAUGCUCUUCUGGAUAUCGGGGAUUACAGCUAUUGUCCCAGUGUCCUGGGUUGCCCAUUCCACAGUCCAGGAAUUCUGGGAUGAGAAUAUACCAGAUAUUGUUCCCAGGUGGGAUUUUGGGGAAGCAUUGUUUGUUGGCUGGCUUGCCGGAUUUUGUCUCAUAUUAGGAGGAUCCCUACUUAAUUGCACAAUCUGUUCCACUGAAGUCCAUCUGUCUUCAGUCCAUUAUGCAGUGGCAGAGCAGCAGGAUCAGUGUCAACACCUGGAAACUGAAACUAGGCCUUAA